UGCGUCCAGACGCUGCCGCCUGGACGCGCCUGUCAUCUGGAGGAAACUCCUCCCCGCAGACAGCGCGUCCUGUCGCCUCUCCAGCGCAAUGGUCUCCUGGAUCAUCUCUAGACUUGUGGUACUUGUGUUUGGUACACUAUAUCCUGCGUACUCGUCUUAUAAAGCUGUGAAAUCGAAAGAUGUGAGAGAAUAUGUGAAAUGGAUGAUGUACUGGAUAAUAUUUGCCCUAUUCAUGACGGUGGAAGUAUUUACAGAUAUGUUCCUUUGUUGGCUUCCUUUCUACUAUGAACUGAAGAUAGCCUUUGUGGUGUGGAUGUUGUCCCCUUACACUAAAGGCUCUAGUGUGCUAUACAGGAAGUUUGUUCAUCCCACGCUUUCCUCAAAAGAAAAGGACAUUGACGACUACAUCUGCCAAGCCAAGGACAAAAGCUAUGACACACUGGUGCAUUUUGGGAGAAAAGGGCUGAAUGUUGCAGCCACAGCUGCGGUCAUGGCUGCAACAAAGGGCCAAGGAGUCCUGUCAGACAGACUGAGGAGUUUCAGCAUGCAGGAUUUAUCUUCCUACCAGUCUGACUCCGAUAACACUGACCCCGGCACUACGCAGUCUGCAGCAGCACAGCAUCGGACCAGACCUAUGAUGCGCAGCAAGUCAGAGAGCUACAAAGGACAGGAUUUUGACAUGACUGAAUAUGAGAUGUUGGGGUUGGACCAAUGGCACUCCAAGAAGUCGCUGUCUCAGACCAUUUCACCUUCUGAGUCUGAGUCCACACCCAUUACGCCCUCACUGACACCCCAGUCCAGCCCACCCUCCACACCUUCUCCACCUCCCACUCCCUCUCCACCUCCCACUCCUCCAGUUCCAGAGCAGCCAGUGGAGGUGGGUAAAGAGGUGCAGGCAGCGUUGAGCACUCCACAGCUCAAGCUGAUUAAGAGGAAGGCUCCUGAGCCUCCUCUUAGAGUCCUGCGGCCUCUCACAAGAUCCAGGAGUGCUCUUUCUUCAAACAAUGAAGCCAUGUGAAACUGUCCUCAAGACUACUCCAGCUGCCUUGCUGCAAGAAGUAAAAAUACCGAAUGGCCAAAAGCUACAUGACUGAAGCAGCCUUGCUUUGGAAUAAGGUGUUACCAAAGUGACCUAUGAUGACCCCUCUAUAUAUAGUACAGUAUAUAGCUUGUGGCUCAUGAUUAAAUAAAUGAGGUUUGUGACACUGAGAUAGGAAAAAUUAAUGAAUGGGCGCCAUGCUGAUAGACACUUUGAGUUUAUGGGUUAUUGAAUAUGUAUUUAUGUACAGUUUGUGUGAACUCCAUCUUUCUGAUUUGAUCGUUUUUAUAUAUCAGGUUUGGGUAGGCAAUUGCAUGUGUGUCUUCCCAGUUAUUAGUCCACUGUUUAUUAAACAGAAUGUAUUGUCACUGGAUACUACAGCUGGCAUUGAGAACGACGUGGUCUCUGUUAGAGAAUGUGUUACAAGCCAAGGAUCAAAAGAAAAGGCAUGGCUGUUUUUGCCCAUAAUCUAUCUGUUCUGGAGCUGAAUUCUGCACUGAUUAAUUAUGACAUCAAGGUAUUGAGAAAUUGGUCAAUUACCCCAAAACAAAAAAAAUCGUAUACUUUAUAUAAACUUGUACCUUAUAGUGAUGAAAAGUCAGACAGCUGUGGCAGACAAUAUUCUGUUAUUUACCUCUCUAUCAAAGCCUUAAAGAAUAAGAUAGCAGAGACAUGAAAAUAUAAAAUGUCUAAACACGUGAUAUGACAAUUUGUAACACAACUAUGUUCUCAUUUAACAAUCAUCUUUGCACUAUGUUUAGAAUAUAAAUAACUUCCCUCAGUACUCAAUGAAAUUGCCAAAAUUACAUGAAACAGUAAUCAUUAUAAAUUAGUAGCUGAAUAUUAUCAUGAAUAAUUUUAGUAUCACUAUUAUUCAUUUCCUCUGUGGUAAAGAAAUUACUUGUGUAAGAAGUAAUAACACCAGUAUCAAAGAUAAAAGUCAUCACCACAAGAAGUUUUCUCAGUGGUGCAGACUGUUUUGACAAUCUACUGUUCAGUUUCUAAACACAUUUUUUCAUGUAUUUGAAUUAUUUGGCAAUUUAAGGCCAAUUAGGAAUAUGUCUCUUUCAGCUGUAGCAGAGAUAGAUAUGAAUCAUUAUUUACUAUAUAUAAACAUGGUUCUUUUUCCAUGUAUGAAAUCACUGUGUAAUGGUCUGCUGUUAACUGAGCAACACUAAACCUAAUGAUCUUACCUUCUACUUGCUUCUGUUGUUCUUUAGGAAUUCAUGAGAGAGACUAUGUUGGUUUGCAGGUUUACAAACUUAAGUUAAAAUGUGUGGUGAUGCAUUGUAUGUUUUCAUCCUGUACUUUAUUCACUGAGCCUGAAUCAUAGCAACAUUUUACACAAAGUAUCGAUGUGUUGGUUGUUGAUGGUUGGAUUUACGCAGUAGAUUUAUAAUUUUCAUCAUUGUAUCAUUUACGGUGGUUUGAAGUUUGAAACAAAAGCUUCUCAGGUACAACUGUUCUGUUUACACGUCAUUCACUCUGAUGUUGUAGAUACACUUGUUAUGCACAUGAAAUGUCCUUUUAAUGGAUAAAUGAAAAAAAAAUGAAACAGGAAAAAUCUGAUUGUGUUUCAACAUUAGUAUCAGUGUUAGUGUUGGAGGUGAUUUCCUUCUUUCAUGCAAUUCAUGCAAAGUAAAACUGAGAAAAAAAACACAUUGCUAAUUAUUAGAUUUGUAUACUCGUGCUUAGACUGAUAAACUCAUCAUUGCAUGAUGUUUGUUUUUAAUUUGUAUGAAAAUUGGAUUUCUUGAGCGAUUUUGUGUGAAGCUGUUGGCCUCUUCAGAUGCCUUGCUGGUGAACAAUUACACUGCUAUUUUUUGUCACUUUCAAUUGCUUUAUAGAAACAACAUGAAAUGUUAUGACUAUAAGUUGGCUACACAUACAUGCAAAUGAUGUCUUAUUUACUGGUAAAUUAGCCACUUUGUCUUUAUUCAUUUAGAGACACCACUUACUACAGUAAGUUAUCUUAAGCAAUUUUGUUCUGGCAGGCCAGAAUGUCAAAUUACUUAAAUAUAAACCCGAUUGUGAAUUAUAAACUAAAAUCAGUAAUGUGAUGACAUGAUGGUUUAUGGCUGUCAAUUUAUUGUUCCACUGGAUUAAAUAUUUCUGUUUAAAUUGAUUUAGUCAUUAAAUAUCAAGUAAAACUUUGA